UUUUUCCUGCCUUUAUCUCUUGGGGACUGAAUUCUGCGCGGCAGAGGAGAGUCAUGAAGAAAAAGCUAAAUUGAGUGCGAACACAGAUUGAUUCCUCAUUCAAGCGAAGGUAAUCAAGAAGACUUAGCGCUUGAUCAAUCAUCUAUUGUUCCCAAGACUGUCAUCGUCAUGGAUCUCCAAACCAUCCGGAAGAAGUUGGCUUCCAAAGACCAAGAGCAUCUUUUGGCCUAUUGGGAUGAGCUCAACGAGUCCGAGCAAAAAGAAUUCAAGACCACCCUGGCCAAACUGACCGAGGAAUUGGAUGAGGAUAUGGAAUUCUUCGAACGAACCGUGAUUGCCCAAGAUGAGAAAUGUGACAAGCUCGACGACAUGAUGUCGCCGUUGGACGAGAACCAAUGUGGAUCCGUCAACAACGUGUCCGACGAGGAGAAGGCCGAGUUCAACCGAUUGACCUUCGAAAGCAUCUCUAAGAGUGAAGUGGGUAUCAUCUUACUGGCUGGAGGACAAGGCACCCGUUUGGGCGUCAGCUAUCCCAAAGGCAUGUACAAGGUGGGUCUUAAGUCCGAGAAGAGCUUGUUCCAAUUGCAAGCGGAACGCAUCUUGAAAUUGGAGCUCUUAGCCAAGGAAAAGACGGGCAAACGAGGCGCAAUCACGUGGUACAUCAUGACUUCGGCUAGCACCAUCAAACCUACCAAAGACUUCUUUGCGGCGAGUAACUACUUUGGUUUGAACCAAAGCAACAUUGUGUUCUUUCAACAAGGCACCCUUCCUUGCUUCACAUUUGGUGGCCACAUCAUUCUGGGUGGAAAGAAGGAUAUUGCUCGGGCUCCUGACGGCAAUGGAGGAUUAUAUCGGGCUCUGCGUCAUGAGAAGAUCAUCGAUGAUAUGAAAAGUAGAGGUGUCAAAUACAUCAACCUCUACUGCGUGGACAACAUCCUGGUUCAAGUGGGUGACCCUCUCUUCAUGGGUUAUUGUAUCCACAAACAAGCCGAUUGUGCCAAUAAGGUGGUGGGAAAGAGCUAUCCCACAGAAUCGGUGGGAAUCACAUGCAAGGUGAACGGCAAACCUCAGGUGGUUGAAUACUCCGAAAUUACCAUUGCCUCAUGCGAGAAGACCAAUCCAGAUGGAUCUUUGGUUUACUCAGCGGCCAACGUCUGUAUUCAUUUCUUCACCCGAGCAUUCCUCGAGGAGGUCGUGUACAAACACGAGCCCAAGUUGGUUCACCAUAUGGCCAAGAAGAAGAUACCUUUUAUGGAUGUGAAGCAUACUCGAGAGUUGGUCAAGCCUGCCAACCCGAAUGGCAUUAAGAUGGAAAAGUUCGUGUUCGAUGUGUUCCAAUUCGCCAACAACUUUGUGAUUUGGGAGUGCUUGCGCGAGGAAGAGUUUGCUCCCUUGAAGAACGCCGAAGGAGCAAAAGAUUCCACCCCAAGCUAUUGCCGGAACGCUCUCUUUGCCCGGUGUCAAAAAUGGGCUAUGGCUGCAGGAGCCACAUUUGUGGAUAAAGAUGGCAAGAAGCUGCCUCUGAUGAUCAACCCCGCUGCUCCCAAGGAGAGCAACAACAAUAACAACAACAAGACCUCGGGUGUGUCCCCCGACUUCGUGGCUGAGGUCGAGAUCUCGCCUCUUGUGAGCUUCGCCGGAGAAGGCCUCGAAAAGCUCGUGUCAGGGAAGACUUUCCAAGUUCCAUGCCAUGAGAUCGGUCUUUAGAAUUGGGCCCUAGAUUUCUUGUGAUAUAAUACCGUAAUACUGUACUGUACCUAAUGAGAUGUCAACAGUUCCCCGAAAAGAUCAAAAAAUGCCUCCUCCUCUGUAAAA